AUGAAGCAACUGUGGGACGACUUUGAUGUGCUGGGCACUGAGAUGAUCGUCACCAAGUUGGGUCGACGAAUGUUUCCAACAUUCCAAGUGCGCCUGUUUGGUUUGGACCACAACAGUGACUACACCGUCAUGAUGGAUUUUGUCCCAGUGGACGACAAGAGGUAUCGAUACUCCUUCCACACGUCAAGCUGGGUCGUCGCUGGCAAGGCUGAUCCGCACAUGCCGGGACGGAUACACGUCCACCCGGACUCCGCCGCCAAGGGCCCUCAGUGGAUGAAGCAAGUCAUCUCCUUCGACAAACUCAAACUAACAAACAAUCUUAUGGACACCAACGGUCAUAUCAUUCUGAACUCCAUGCACAAGUACCAGCCUCGACUGCACGUUCUCUACACGCCGCCCAAGUCUGAAGACGUGUCCAGCACUGAGAACCACAGAACUUUUAUCUUCCCUGAAACCAAGUUCAUGGCAGUCACCGCUUACCAGAACCAAAGGAUAACCCAAUUGAAGAUUGCCAGUAAUCCAUUUGCUAAAGGAUUCAGAGACUGUGAUCCUAAUGACUGCAUGGCAGAACUGUUGCAGAUGAACCCAGGGUGUCCCUCUAGAGCACGUCCUCAACACAGACCCAGCUCGUUCCAGCUCCUUGGGAUGUCCAGGAAAAGAGACGGAGAUAAGGACUCUGGUCAGGACGAUCUGCACGGGUCGCUGUCCACAAUGACUCCACCUCUCUCUCCAAUGACCGGCCUUCCAUCGAUGGCACCGAUGUCCAGCAUGUCCAUGCUGCCAAACCAUCUACAAACGGGCAGACCUGCAAACCUCUAUACCGACUGCUACACCUACCCUCCCUACGCCGAAUCAUACAUGAGCUCUUCCAAGGCGCGACCUUCACCUUAUGGUUACCCAGUGGAUUAUGGUUCCUAUUCCCCGCGAAUGAAAGGCAUCUAUUCAGCCCCGCGGACCAACAACUUUGCCUAUGGUUAUGAUGCACGAUGA